AAAAUACUUUUUACGCUAUACAUGAUAGAAGUAAUUUGUUAUUGUUCUUCAGAGACACCUUAUUAGGUACAAGGUUAAUGUUCAUCCAUAGUUCAGAUGCAGCAGAUGGAGGCAGCGUUAAGGGAUUACAGUAACUCCUUUAACAGUCUGCAGUCAGUCAAUCAAGUUCGGCAUCCGAUUAUAGCACUCCGUCCUGCAUUUGGGGAGGAGGGUAGAGUGAGAGGAAAAGAGCUCAGUGCAGUUCCCCAGUCCUGCCGAGAGUCACAUGUGCUUUGUGCUGCUGCUGCAGCUGACCGGAUACCUGACUGCCUGCCUGCCUGCCUGCCUGCCUGCCUGCCUGCCUCCUCGACUGUCUGGAUUGCACAAACAGUGACUGUGGGGGGGAGUGUUGUGGAUGCAGGGGUUACACAGCUCUGUGCUAACACACCUUAGGUAUACACGCAGUUUGCCAUGCUGAUUACAUGGUGGUAUUUAUACCUCGCAGUUCGGAGCAUCGCAGAAAAAUGCAAGUAUUGCUGCUGUUAUUGUGUCUGGCCUCGUGUCUUUUCAAGGUGAACUCUGCAGAGGAAUGAUGUGUGGGAAGGAGAUCAGACAGUGUGUUUUCUGUUUUUCUGUUGUUGUUUUUUUUUCCUGUGAUGGCUCUAGAUGUCAGAAAAGUCAUGCUUCCAUUAGUGAUUUUGAGAUAAAUGUCAGGCUUAAUUUGUAAUCCCUCCGAAGUCUAACAUUUUAUGUCCUUAAUGCAGUAUUUAUGAUGUCUGAGCACGCAGCCUGCUUUCUGGAUGCAGGAACAUUUUCCUCAGUUGUGUCUGUAUAUAGUGUUUGUCACUUGUCUUCAGUGCACAUUUCCUCAUGUUUCUCUUUCUUCAUCUCCCCCUCUUCUUCAAUUUUACCCUCCUAAGCAUUGAAAAUGGCCUCGAUUCUGCAGAAGCUGAUCACCCCACUAUUCAGUGGUCCCCCUGAGCCACCCAGGAAUAAAGUGACAGUGGUGGGCGUGGGCCAGGUUGGCAUGGCCUGUGCUGUCAGCAUCUUGCUAAGGGAGCUGGCUGAUGAGCUGGCCCUGGUGGAUGUGAUGGAGGACAAGCUGAAAGGAGAGAUGAUGGACCUGCAACACGGCAGCCUCUUCCUCAAAACCCCCAAAAUAGUUGCAGACAAAGACUACUCUGUGACAGCAAACUCCCGCAUCGUGGUGGUGACAGCUGGAGUCCGUCAGCAGGAGGGGGAGAGCAGGCUGAACCUCGUCCAGAGAAACGUCAACAUCUUCAAGCACAUCGUCCCUCAGAUCGUCAGAUACAGCCCUGACUGCACCAUCAUCGUGGUUUCCAACCCAGUUGAUGUGCUGACUUACAUAACCUGGAAACUGAGCGGCCUUCCCAAGCACCGUGUCAUUGGCAGCGGCACCAACUUGGACUCUGCGCGCUUCCGCUUCCUGAUGGCUGACAAACUGGGAAUCCACCCCAGCAGCUUCAACGGCUGGAUCCUGGGAGAACAUGGAGACACCAGCGUGCCGGUGUGGAGUGGAACAAACGUGGCUGGAGUCAACCUGCAGACGUUGAACCCGGACAUCGGCACCGACUCUGAUAAUGAGAACUGGAAGGAAACACACAAGAUGGUGGUGGACAGUGCCUACGAGGUGAUCAGACUGAAAGGUUACACCAACUGGGCCAUUGGUCUGAGUGUAGCCGACCUGACAGAAAGUCUCAUAAGAAACAUGAACAGGAUCCACCCUGUUUCCACCAUGGUGCAGGGCAUGUAUGGCAUCAGUGAUGAGGUGUAUCUGAGUCUGCCCUGCGUGCUGAACAACGGAGGAGUCGCCAGCGUGGUCAACAUGACCCUGACAGAUGAUGAGAUCACCCAGCUGCAGGCCAGUGCCAACACGCUGUGGGACAUCCAGAAGGACCUGCAGGACAUCUAAGCAAACACCAUGGGGCGCUGUAGCAUCACUUCCCUGACUGCUCACCACCCUGUGGUCCACAGCACCACCGUCCACACCUUCAACUCAGUGUCCUCUGCAGAUUCACAGGCGUAGCUUAACCCCCUCAGAUUUAGCUGUAGGUGUCAGCUUGAACAGCUCACCAGAGACCAAAUGUGACAUCAGCUGAGUGAAACGCUGCUCUGACUCAUUUGUCCUCGACCGCCUUGCAGUGUUGGACCACUCGUGUCGCUCUGAUGUGUAAUAAAGCAAGUUUGUUGU